AAACCUUACACGUUGACCGUUACACGUGUUUGUGUCAUUCUGCGAAACGUCGUUACGAAGUUACGUCGUAAACAUGGACCAAAUUAACGAUGAUCCCACAAAGUUGUAUUUUUAUGAAAACAGGCUUUUAACUUUCGAUGGUUGGCCAUUUCAGGAAGACUGCGUUUGUACUCCUGAGAACAUGGCUAAAGCAGGCUUCAUCCAUGUGCCCUCUGAGAACUGUCCUGAUCUUGCACAGUGUUUCUUCUGUCUUAAAGAGCUGGAAGGCUGGGAACCAGAUGAUGAUCCUGAGAAGGAGCAUAAAGCACAUUCAUCCAGUUGCAAUUUCAUCACAUUGAAGAAGCCUGUGGAAAGUCUAACUGUGGAGGAGUUUCUCAGGCUUCAGAAAGAGAGGCAGAAAUGUAUUAUUAAAAAUAUGUGUGGCCAGGCCAUUGAAAAAUUUGAAGAAGCUGUGAAGUUGAAAAGAGGACAGAUCAUCCAGUCUGCCAUGGGUGAAGAAUGAGGAGGAUAAAGACCUUGCUGCCGUUCUUGCUUUUCACAAGACACGUUAUUUCCAAAUGUCCAUAAUUUAAUCUAUUUUGGGAAAAUAAACUCCUUUGGGUAUGUAAAGUUUGUAUAUAUGUAUGUGUAUAGUCUGUUUCUAUAGACUUUAUUUGGACCGGACACUGGAAUGUUCCAGUUCUUCCACUAAUGAACCUUCAUUUUAAAAUCGUGACUGAUUUAGUGAGUCACAUUGCAUAAGUAUAAAUAAAGUUUAUACUGUAUAAAA